CAAAUGCAAGGGUCAAUUAAAAAUUUGAUCCCUUCAUGAUUCAGAAAGGGUCAUUUACUGCAAAUAAACUAAAAAUUAAUCCCUCCAUAAUACUAUAGUUCCCUCAUAAAAUCUUAAUCCACUUAAUGCCAAUAAUAUUUCACUAAGCAUAUCAAAGGUGGAAGAUUCAAAAAGGUCUCAUUUUUGUCUUUAUCUUUGUCAAGUGUAUUUUUCCACUUCAAUGUUAAUUGCCUCCUCAUCACUUGAAGAAAGCACCUUUAUUCUCCUAUAUAUAUACAAGUAGAAUCUACCAUUAAUCUCAACUCAAACUAAUAACAUACAACACCCCAGAAAAAACAUACUUCUCCAUCUUCAUAAACCAUAUAUUAUAUCUCAUGGCUAAUUUUGGUUCUAACUCUUCCUCACUUAUGCUUCAGCUAAAAGUCAUAGGAGCCAAAAAUAUAGAAACAAAGAACAAAGGUAAUUUAUUCAUUAGAUGCUACUUUACUACAGGAAGUAACAACAAUAGAAGAGUUCAGGUAAACACAAAAGAAAUAAGAUCUUCCCAAAAAGAUGGUUAUGUUUUCUGGGAUGAUUCUUUUUCACUAGAGUGCAGUGGAACAGAAGAUUCAAUCCUUCAUCUGAAAGAAGAAAGUGUUUUUUUCGAGCUUCGAUGGCGAAAUACCAAGACUUUCCUAGGGAAUGUUGGCAGCUCGCAGCUUAUUGCAACUGCUGAGAUGCCUUGGAAGAAUGUGUUUGAUGCGCCAGAAAUGGAGUUUCAGAAGUGGGUUUUUAUGACUGUUAAUCAGAGUGAUAAGGUGCUUAAAGUUGAAGAUGGUGUUAAGCCUCCAGCGUUGCAGAUAGUAAUGAAGAUUGAGGCUCCCGCGGCCGCGGCGAAGGUUGUUUCAAUGGAAGAGAUGAGGAAGAGGAGAAGAACAGAGAGGUUGCAAAGGUGGGAUGAGUGUGGAUGUAAAUCAAAUGGAGGGUGCUGCUCUUCUUGUGUUGAUAGUGAAAUGCUUUUAAUUGGUGCAACUUUAGAUUGCUUUUAGCUUUGUUUUUUGGACUAAUUGGUGUAUAGAAUUAGUUAACUAAUUUUGGUGUGGUCCAUUUGGAAACAGAUCAAUGCUAAUUUGCUAUUUUGCUCUAGAAUACAUUUACCAA